AUGGAAACACUGGAGUCCGAAUUGACCUGCCCAAUCUGCCUGGAGUUAUUUGAAGACCCUCUUCUGCUGCCCUGUGCCCACAGCCUCUGCUUCAGCUGCGCCCACCGCAUCCUGGUGUCCAGCUGCUCCUCCAGCGAGUCCAUCGAGCCCAUCACCGCCUUCCAGUGCCCCACCUGCCGCUAUGUCAUCUCCCUCAACCACCGGGGCCUGGAGGGCCUCAAGAGGAAUGUGACGCUGCAGAACAUCAUCGACCGCUUCCAGAAGGCGUCGCUGAGCGGCCCCAACUCCCCCAGCGAGAGCCGCCGCGAGAGGACGUACCGCAACAGCCCUACCAUGUCCGUGGCCGGCGAGAGGAUCGCCUGCCAGUUCUGCGAGCAGGACCCGCCGCGGGACGCUGUCAAGACGUGCAUCACCUGCGAGGUGUCCUACUGCGACCGCUGCCUGCGGGCCACCCACCCCAACAAGAAGCCCUUCACCAGCCACCGCCUGGUGGAGCCCGUGCCCGACGCGCACUUCCGAGGACUCACCUGCCUGGAGCACGAGAACGAGAAGGUGAACAUGUACUGUGUGGCUGACGACCAGCUCAUCUGUGCCUUAUGUAAACUGGUGGGCCGCCACCGGGACCACCAAGUGGCAUCCCUCAGCGAUCGCUUUGAGAAGCUCAAGCAAACCCUGGAGACGAAUCUCACCAACUUGGUUAAGCGCAACAGCGAACUGGAAAACCAGAUGGCCAAGCUGAUACAGAUCUGCCAGCAAGUGGAGGUGAACACGGCCAUGCACGAGGCCAAGCUGAUGGAGGAGUGCGACGAGCUCAUGGAGAUCAUCCGCCAGCGCAAGCAGGUCAUCGCUGUCAAGAUCAAGGAGACGAAGGUGAUGAAGCUGAGGAAGCUGGCCCAGCAGGUCGCCAACUGCCGGCAGUGUCUUGAGCGCUCGACGGUCCUCAUCAACCAGGCGGAGCACAUCCUGAAGGAGAACGACCACGCGCGGUUCCUGCAGACGGCCAGGAACGUGGCCGAGAGGGUCGCCAUGGCAACUGCAUCCUCUCAAGUUCUGAUACCAGAUAUCAAUUUUAAUGACGCCUUUGAAAACUUCGCAUUGGAUUUUUCCAGAGAGAAGAAGCUGCUGGAGGGGCUGGAUUAUCUCACCGCGCCGAACCCGCCGUCUGUCCGCGAGGAGCUCUGCACGGCCUCCCACGACACCAUCACAGUCCACUGGAUCUCAGAGGACGAGUUCAGCGUCAGCUCCUACGAGCUCCAGUACACCAUCUUCACCGGCCAGGCCAACUUCAUCAGUCUCUACAACUCCAUGGACAGCUGGAUGAUUGUCCCCAACAUCAAGCAGAACCACUACACCGUCCACGGGCUCCAGAGUGGCACCCGCUACAUCUUCCUCGUCAAGGCCAUCAACCAGGCAGGCAGCCGAAACAGCGAACCUGCCCGCCUGAAGACCAACAGUCAGCCUUUUAAGCUGGACCCCAAGAUGGCUCACAAGAAGUUGAAGAUCUCCAAUGAUGGGCUGCAGAUGGAGAAGGACGAGAGCUCGUUGAAGAAGAGCCACACGCCCGAGAGGUUCAGCGGGACAGGGUGCUAUGGCGCGGCAGGCAAUGUCUUCAUCGACAGCGGCUGCCACUACUGGGAGGUGGUGGUGGGAUCCUCGACCUGGUACGCCAUCGGCGUGGCUUACAAGUCAGCCCCCAAGAACGAGUGGAUUGGGAAGAACUCCUCAUCCUGGGUCUUCUCCCGCUGCAACAACAACUUUGUGGUGAGGCACAACAACAAGGAGAUGCUGGUGGAGGUCCACCCACAGAUGAAGCGCCUCGGCGUCCUCCUGGAUUACGACAACAAUGCGCUCUCCUUCUACGACCCGGCCAACUCCCUCCACCUCCACACCUUCGAAGUCUCCUUCAUCCUGCCCGUGUGUCCGACGUUCACCAUCUGGAACAAAUCCUUGAUGAUCCUCUCGGGUCUGCCUGCCCCGGACUUCAUAGAUUACCCAGAGCAGCAGGAGUGUAACUGCAGGCCCCAGGAGUCCCCGUACGUAUCAGGGAUGAAAGCCUGUCACUAG